AUGGCCCUCUUCAUUGUCAGUCGACUGCCAUUACUGACUCUUCUUCUCCUGGCCAUGACACACAGUGAGUCCACGUUUUGUUCUCCAUGACAAAGUUAACCCCUAGAUACUUUUAAGUAGUGAUCUGCAUUUGUGCUUUAGUUAAAAUAAGACUUUUUAUUUAUUUGGGUGAAAAAAGACAUGAACAUAUGAUGUCCUGAGUAGGUAAAUUCACCUCACCUUAGAACUCAUGCAGCCAGGAUGUUUGUAAAAAGUUGAAAAAGUCAUUAAAUGGAGGAACUUCUGCAGUGAUUAUUGUUUAUUAAAUGAUUACGUAAAAUAAGACCUUCAAUGUAGAUUUUAGCUAAUGUACUGGAGCAAAAUGUAUCUUCUUAUAUCUUCUCUUAUUUUCACCAGAUGAGUUAAAGACACAUGCAACACCUGAACCUGAUGAUUCUGUCCAGUAUGGAGAGUUCUGCCUGCGUAUUUCUGAUCAAUCUCACUGGACCAGCUCCAAACCAGUCACCAAGCUGCCAACCGAGUCCACCAACCAGGAACCUUACACAUCCACACAGCAAACACCUACACACCUGAACUCAGCUCCACAGCCUGAAACAACCACCCAAAAAGACCACAAGGAGGUGGUCACUCAGAAAAUUACAGCUGAAAUGCCCCCUGCUGGUGAAUUAGGUAAGACUUUCUUUUUUAUGCAUUUUGAGAUGUCAUUUAAACCUCUUGGAGCAUAUUUACCAGCUACAGACAUGCAGGAUAUUUUGAUAUUGUGAUCUGGAUUGUUGCUGCUCUGAACAGUGUGCACAUCCUUUUUCUAAAAAUUUCACUGUCAUCUGUCCCUGAAGUCUCCAGCCCGUGUCGCUGUGAAGGGGUUGAAGAAAAUCUUGGAUCUGAAGUCCCACAGUUUAGAAGCUUGAUGAUUGAGAACCCCACUGCAACAUGCAGUGCCCGCGAAUUCAUGUAAGUUUGACCGUAAGAUUGAAAUGAAAUGGUGCACCAUCUGACUGGAGAAAAGAAGACAAUGUGCUUAAAACUUUUGCUGCAAUAAAAGUUUUAUACUCUCCUCUGUCCAUCUCUCUCUCUUUCUGCAUCUCCCUCUAUCCCCUCUCGGCAGAUGACUGUCUAACAUGAGUCUGGUUCUGCUUGAGGUUUCUGCCUAUUAAAGGAAGUUUUUCCUCUCUCCACUGUGACUUGCUAUAUGAGUGUGGUCUAAACCAGCUUUUUGGGAUAACACUUGUUGUGAAUUGGUGCUGUAUAAGUAAAGCUUGAUAAAUUAAUGAUUGAUUGAUAUGUUCCCAUCCCAUCUCUCUAUUCUUAUGUUUUUUUUUUUCCAGUAUGAUGAUGUCUGACGGCAGGAAGGUUUGUUUGACUAAAUUUGCUGCCGGGGCGUACCUCAACAAUAAAUUGUAAGAACCAUUUAAUCAUGUCUGGAAUUGUUAGGAAAUAUUAUUCCUGAGCUACAUAUGAAGUUUAACCCAGAGCUAAACUUAAAGAAACUCUAAAUGUGCUGUCUACCCGUCACUGUGAUGUUGUUUGUGUCAGAUAUUUACAAUCUGAUUGAAGUCAUUAAUUCACUGAUCAGUGGAUGUGUUAAUAAGCUUUUUCUGUUAAGUUGCUGAUGACAACAUAUUUUUCAUCUGACCCACAGUGGCAGAACUAACAGUCGAAGCUCAACCUUAGCGCCACAAAACCCGAACAGAAACUCUCCACCAGGUGAGACUGAAAUCAUGAUCCAAAUCCCCAAACCAUGAUUCAAAUGCUCCCAGGUACACUGAGAAACAGCACUUAAUUACUGAUUUAAGCCAUGACUUCCUUUGCCAUGUGCUGCUCUGUUUACUGUCCAAUGGGCAAUUUGGGUAGUGGCAAAUGAAAAGCUGUGAUUUUCCCCCCAAUACACUCACACAAGCUACUUUUCAUAUGCACAUGGUUGUUAAUUUGUGCACACAAGUGCCCAUAUAGUGUGUGCACAAAUGCUUAUAUUGAGUGCAUAAAUUGUUUUCUUUUACACAACUCAGCUUUCCUUUAUGCCUAAGUUAUAAAUGUGUUUGCACGAGUUAUCCAUGGACUAUAUAUAGAAUGGACAUCAUCUGCCUCCUCGCUAGGUGAAGCCACCACGAGAACCGCACCCUCUGGUGACGGGCUGCAGUAUAGGUCAUAAAUCCCAUAAAUCCCGCCUCCUCCAGCCAUCCUUGUGGAGCUGUUGACAAACUUUAAAAAUUAAUUAUACAGAAUAUAAACCUAUUGGCAUACAUAGAUUGCAUCACUCACUGAGGGGAUGCGCUGUUUGAGCAGAGCGUCAUCACGGCGACUCUCCCGCCGAAUGCAUACAAUGCUACUGCACUGGUGGUAGUUCCAGGAAGUGGAGAAAGUCCCAGAAAUACUGAGAGCAAUUCUGUUUAAAAUUCCUACAAUGACAGAAGGUGAAGCAAAGUUGUUCAUAGAAUAUACAGUCUAUGGAGCUAUCCUGUGCAAAAUACUCAUUAUCUUGUGUGCCGGAAGUUAUCAUACUGUAUCUUGCGUGCAUAAUACAGCUACAAAAGUGUCAUGUUAUCUAUAAUUUUGCCCAAAAUUCAUUCUGUUGUUUAAAGGGGAUUUUUUCGCUGCCUAUUUGAGAUAUUUAGAUAAAUAGUGAUGCCUCUUUAUGAGCUACAAACAGUGGCGGUUCUAGACUAAAUUACUCCCCGGGGAUUAACCCAUUAAGACCUGAACCCUGUCUGAGCCACGCCUCUGAAAUCCUGAGGGCCAUUUUAAGAAGGGCCCCCAGAUCCUGAGGUUUUCUGAAGUGUUUAGGUUUACAAAAAAGCUGAUAUCUCUGCCUCUGUAGCAGAUAGAAACAAAAUUAAAAAAGUAUUUGAGAGCUUAUACAUGUGGCUUUCAAGAUAACUAUCUUCUAUUUGUCCAAACUUUCAUCACAUUAUUAAAUACCUUGAAUAAACUAACUUAAAUAAGAUAAAGCAGCUGUAUAAAUAAAAGUGAAGACUCUGCACUGGAGAAUAAUAAACUAUUUGCUUUCUGUAAAACAAGUGGCAGUCAUGAUAAAGUGUCCAUUUAAUUCAAAUGUAAAUAUAAAGAAAUAUAGUGUUGAAAGGGUAUACAGCUGCCCUAGUAUAAUGCCGGUACAAAAACAGCACUAAAAAAUAAAAAAUAAAUAAAUAAAUAAGUGGCUGACAGUGUGUUCAUCUCUGUGCUCACCCAAAGUCAUGCAACACUCACAGAAAUCGCCGAUAGUGUGAGCCAAAGACCUCCAUAUGAAGAGGUUGUUCAACCCGGUUGGAUGUUUCUCCUCCAAAGCUGCUCUCUGUCUCCGUCAUUGUUUACUUUACUCUUGAAGCACGUAGCAAGAUCCGAGCAUGAUUCCGAUGGCUUUAUCAGCCUAUUAGAGGCUGGUAUGAUGAUUUGAUUCGCCAUGACUCCAGAAAUGAUUGAAAAACUACAGAAUGUUACAAAAUGACGUAUCCGCGCUCUCGGCUUGAAGGUUGAAAUGCGUACAUACUGUCCCGGUUUAAAUGGGUUAAGUGAUUGAUGAUGGCAAGGCCACUGAGCCGUUCCUGAGACAUGGUUGACCUUAGGUACGACUUUAUCAACUUCAGUUUUGGGAAGCUCCUCUCUGCUUGAACCACCGUGUCUGGCAGAGUGAGAGCAAUCCUAAAAGCAGAGCUGUCCCCCGCGACCCUCUCCCGGCUUCGUCUCAUACACUCUGUCAGCCUUUGUGCAGCACCUUCGCAGCAAGCAGGGGCGCCUACAGCAGCAGGGGGCACCAAUUUGACAACAAGAGUUAAUACAAAAACUGCUUUGCGGCGCAGAUUUAUUAUUAUUAUUAUUAUUAUUAUUAUCUUUUAUUUUAUUUUUUUGGAAGUGCUCGUGCCGCCCCCCAUGAGUCAUGACACAAAUGCGGCUGCCCUGUUCGCCCGUGCCUAGAACCGCUGCUGGCUACAAAAGCAAAAAGAAUUACCAGCAACAAGGUUGAUCAUGUCUAUACUACAGUUUUUAAGCUUAAUGCUGAGUUCAAGUUACCUUGGAAGUCAGAUGUUGGGGCUGGGAAUGGUGUUACACCUGAGUUUCAGUGAACAAGUUGGAAAACCAAGAUGGACGCCCACUGUUACCCGUUCUUAGCUGUUGUUAGCCGUUGUCAGCUAUACCAGUUGUAAACAUCGUAUAACACAGUAUUUUACUCUUAAAAACACCAUAGCACCGUGUUCACAGUUAGACUUUGGGCAGUACAACAUAUAACACUUAUUUAAUUUCACAAAAACAAAACGGAGGUGCAAAUAAAUAAUGCAUUACCAGAGCUUUUACAGUCACUCUUUACUGUUGAUGCACUGCACCGCCAUCUUGGAUUAUGACAUCGUUGUCAAGUCGGGGUUGGUGAGGAUCAUCCGACUGUCCGAGUCAAAAAUCCGACUUCAGGGGUGCGUUCCAGAUGAGUUUACGACUUGGAGCUUAGAAAUUCCGACUUCAAUGUACAACUGGAACGAAGCACAAGUCUACUACCAGUGUAGGAUAUUUACAGCACUCUGAGGAAAAAGCCUUAAAAUCCGGAUCCAUGUAAUAAAGAUAAUUCAGAUUUUUAAUAAUGAGCAAUAUUGAGGUUGCUAAUUUCUCCACAGGCAAGUUCAUAUGCAUAAACUGCCCUGAUGGUAAAAACUUUGACCCAGAGGAUGUCAAGGCUGUCGAGAUAAUGGCGUCAUUAAAUGGAUGUCCUGCCAUGGUAUUGUAAGUUUUCUGCUUCUGUAAAAACAUUUUCUCACAGUUUUUUUAAGCAUCAGAUAAGCUAAAUUAACUGUAUCAGGCAUUAAAAAACAUAACCAUCAUUGAGUUAUAAUAUCUGUUUUGUUAUUCACAGAGUCACAAUGAGGAAUAAAGCAAUUUCCUGUAUCGACUCUGCCCAACCCAGGUUCAAGAUCCUGCUGGAGAAACUGGAAAUUUAA